AUGGUGGCGGUGCGAGAGUCAGUUGCGAACUUCGAAGCCGCACACGGGUUGUUGCGCCGUGUGGGCGUCUACAGAUGUGUCGUCCUUCUCUUGUCUCCCCACGACCGCGCGGCGGGCUCUGAGAGAGUCGCGAUGCGAGCGUCUGAGUGCAGCCAGGAGCAGCUCGAGUUCAGCCAGGGCUCCCGGGCUGCUCUGGACACUUCCACGCUCGAUUUCGCGAGCACGCAGGCACAGAAUCGCGUUGUUCUAAUCUCACGCAUACGAUACAACAACGGAAUCCCCAUCUACGCGAUCUGA